AUGGAGGAUGUUCAGGAGCAGCAGAAAAGUCAACCCCUUGGACAAGAAGAUGAGGGUGAAAUAGUCACUGAGAGUGUUGGGUUUGCACAGAGUGUAGCUCCUCAAGAUGGCAGUUGUCCUCCAAUUGUGGAUUCUAAAGUGGAAGUGCUUCAUGAUAAAGUAACUAAACAGAUUAUUAAGGAAGGUCAAGGUCAAAAGCCUUCCAAAUAUUCAACAUGCUUUGUGAACUACAGGGCUUGGACCGAAAGCACCCAACACAAGUUUGAGGACACAUGGCAUGAACAACAGCCUCUUGAAUUGAUUAUAGGGAAAGAGAAAAAAGAAAUGACCGGCUUGGCUAUUGGUGUGUCCAGCAUGAAGUCAGGUGAACAUGCCCUGUUACACGUUGGCUGGGAACUUGGUUAUGGGAAAGAAGGAAGCUUCUCUUUCCCUAAUGUUCCUCCCAUGGCAGACAUAGUAUAUGAAGUUGUCCUUAUUGGGUUUGACGAAACCAGAGAAGGUAAAGCUCGUAGUGAUAUGACUGUGGAGGAAAGGAUUGGUGCUGCAGAUCGAAGAAAGAUGGAUGGCAAUGCCUUGUUUAAGGAGGAGAAAUGGGAAGAGGCCAUGCAACAGUAUGAAAUGGCCAUAGCAUAUAUGGGUGAUGAUUUCAUGUUUCAGUUGUUUGGGAAGUACCAAGACAUGGCUUUGGCUGUUAAAAAUCCAUGCCAUCUUAAUAUGGCAGCAUGUCUGAUAAAGCUCAAGCGCUAUGAAGAAGCCAUUGGGCAAUGCAGUCUUGUGUUAGCUGAGGAUGAAAACAAUGUGAAAGCCCUUUUUAGAAGGGGAAAAUCUAGAGCAGAACUUGGCCAAACAGAAGCUGCACGGGAAGACUUUCUAAAGGCAUGUAAAUUUGCACCUGAAGACAAAGCAAUUGCAAAAGAGCUUCGUAUGAUGGCUGAACAUGACAAGGCUCUUUAUGAGAAGCAAAAGGAGAUCUAUAAAGGAAUUUUUGGACCUCGACCAGAACCUAAACUGAAGAGCACUAAUUGGUUAAUCAUCUUUUGGCAAUGGCUAUUGUCAUUACUUUAUCGUCUCUUUAGACGUGAGAGAGUCAAAGCUGAUUGAUGUGAGGUCUGAACAAAUAAAUAUGGGAAGAAAAUUGAUACAACUCCAGUAAUUUUGAAUAAUGUUUUCAGACUUAUCAAUGACCUUUGUU